AUGGCAUUCAGAGUAUUUGACAAGGCUGGACAAGCCAUCUUUGGCGCGUCUCCAACGUUAGAUCUUCUACACGAGAAUCAUGAUUAUCCCUUCGCCCACGAAGCCAGCGUCUUUAUUCCCGAGAGCAAUUCCCUUUUCAUCACAAGCAACCAAUACAGCGACCCAGUAACUGGAAAGCGGAAAAUCCAAAUAAGCAAAGUUGCUCUAUCUCCCGAUGGAGCCUUUCUUGGCUGUGAAGAAAUUGAUGCACCAGCUGUGCCCAUGGCCAAUGGAGGGGUGAACUACAAGGGAGGUGUCCUCUUCUGUGCGCAGGGCACUUUAGAAGGACCUGGUGGUCUCGUCUUUAUGGAAUCAACGCCCCCAUACCGCUGUUCGACUCUCAUCAGCUCGUUUUAUGGAAGGGACUUCAACUCUCUCAACGAUGUGGUUGUUCACUCUGAUGGGUCCAUCUGGUUCACGGAUCCCAUAUAUGGAUAUGAGCAGGGUAUACGUCCCAAACCAAGAUUGCCAUGCCAGGUCUAUCGGUAUGACCCUAGCGAUGAGUCUAUAAGGGCGAUUGCAGAUGGAUUUGGUAGACCGAAUGGCAUCUGCUUUAGUCCUGAUGAGAAGAUUGUCUAUAUCACGGAUACGGACUGGAUACACGGCGAUGGAACAACCGAUGAUUUCCGCGUGUCAAACAUUGCUACUAUAAGAUAUGCCUUUGAUGUAGCAACAUAUUCAGGCCAGCCGUUUCUCACCAAUCGAAGACUCUUCGCCAUGGCUGAUGUUGGCGUACCCGAUGGGAUUAAAUGCGACACAAGCGGCAACGUCUACAGCGGCUGCGGCGAUGGUGUCAGUGUCUGGUCGUCAGGUGGAAUAUUGCUAGAUGUGGCGAGCUCAGCUAGGUAA